AUGGCCCCACGCCCGAAAGAGCUCUACCCACCACGGGACGCGUCCGACCGCGAGAUUGACGAACGAAGCUUCGGGACCCACAAUCCCGUUACGGUUCCAGAGGGUCAGAGCACAGGAACACCCUCGACAAAAACGUCUUUCACCCGUCCGAGUCUCGCAGAGAUAGAAGAGUUGACUCGUUCAGAGGAUCCUGUCGACCGAGAGCUCGGAGAGAUUUUGCAAGUCUAUCAAAUGCAGUUGAUGUUGCUGGAUGUACAAUAUAAACGGUACAAAUUGAUGUUAGAACAAGGGCAGAUAUCUUCCGAGUCAUCCUCCUCUUAG